AAAAUUUUCAACAUCCCCACUCCUCGAUCGAUCGAUCCUUUUAUAUACACUCGUCUCUUGCACCUGUGGAAGACUUCCUUCUUGGAUUCUCCACGUUUCUUUCCUCUUUCGUUUUUCUUUCAUUUUCUCUCUCCAUCUCUUCUCUUUGAAGUUUGUGUUCUUGAUUUUGAUAUAUGGAUAGAGGAUGGGGUGGUCUCACCCUUGAGAAUUCCGAUCAGGUUGGGUUUUUUAGGAAUAGACAAGGUUUUGGGUUUAAUUUCAGUCCGAGAUUGGAUCAUCGGAGCAACGGAUUGAUUAUGUUUCCGAUGGAUUCGAGUGGGAAAGACGACGACCAAACCGCCGAUGAACAGCUGGUGGUUUUGAAAGAGCUGGUGGACUAUUUAGGGAAGAACAUACCCAGAGAUACUGCGGAGGAUAAUAAUGUAAAUCAAAUCUCGAACCCUGCGGCCAGACAUUUGGAUGUAAACACUGGUUUGCAGCUGGCGACCGGCAGUGAUCAAUCGACGGUGGACGAUGGGCUGUCUUCCGAUGCGGAAGAUCGGAGGGCCAGAAAUGAGCUGGCGCAGCUUCAACUACAAUUACAGCAAAUGAAUUUUGAGAAUCGGAGGCUAAAAGAAAUGCUUCAUAAAGCGACUAUCAAUUACGAGGCGUUACAGAAUCAAUACAAGGCAAUAACUACUAAUGAUCGGAGGCAAGAAAUAAUCCAGGGAUUUCCGAUCCUUCCAAGACGGUUCCUCGACGUGGCAACCAACCAGGCGCCGUCCAAUUCCUUGUCGGAAGAAAGAACCGUUUCCGAAUCAGCUCACAACAAUUUCGAGAUGUCGAGGAAGAAGAGAGGUGUAAGGGACGAGAGCCCCGAAUCUGCAAGCAACAAGGCUCCCAAACGGAGCCCGAGCCCGAGCCCGGCCCGGCCCUCCGAGGCAACGAUUAAGAAGACACGUGUCGCCGUCCGGGCCCGAUCGGAGGCUCCCGCGAUCGCAGACGGGUGUCAAUGGAGAAAGUACGGACAAAAAAUAGCGAAAGGGAACCCGUGCCCACGAGCUUAUUACCGCUGCACAAUGUCGAAGAACUGUCCUGUUCGGAAACAAAUUCAAAGGUGUGCUGAAGAUCGAGGAGUACUGAUCACAACUUACGAAGGAGUGCACAACCACGUACUGCCCGGGUCCGCCCAAUCCAUGUCGGCGGCCACUUCCGCCGCCGCCAGCGUGGUUCUUUCCGGCGCCAUGCCGACCGCCGACGGGACGAUUGAUCCUAAAAUCCUGGCAACCAUUCUUCCAUUAUCUAAUCCAAACAUUGCAGCAAUCUCAGCUACUGCUCCUUUCCCCACCGUCACUCUUGACUUGACAAAAGUCCAAAAUGCAAAUUCAAAUUCAAAUUCAUCGCCAUUUCCGACACUUCCGGCGGCGGCGGCGCUGCAAUUCCCGCCUCAAAACCUAAUUUCUCCCCCAAAUCAGUUAGCUCCUCCCUUCCCUUUCGGCCAGGCACUGUACAAUCAGUCCAAGUUUUCGGGUCUUCAGCUCUCACAGCAAAGCAACGAUGGCGCGUCGUCGUCUCAAAAUCCUCCGGCGACGGUGCCGCCGUUGUCUGCAGAGAAUCUCCGCGCUGCCACGGCUGCCAUCGCCGGAGACCCUAAUUUCACAGCCGUCCUCGUCGCCGCAAUCUCCUCCAUGAUCGGCGGCGGCUCUCAGCCGAGCAACACCAGCGAAUCUUCUAAUCCCAACGACAAUCAACAACAACCCCCACCGUAAAUACGACGAGUAAGAAUUUUCCGACAGCUUCAUCAUUGGUACUUUGUUACUAGGUUAAUUUUUGUUUGAAUCCCAGACAUGUAUUAGAUGUACUUUGUCAUUAGUUUUUUGGCCUUUCCCAGUGGGAUUAACAUGUUCAUAUAUUGUUCGAUGUUUGAAUGGACACACACAAUUCUUUCC